AUGGCGGCAGGUAGCGAUGGAGAGGUUGUGUAUGGGUUCAUCCAACUUGCAGAUCUGGAAGGCCUGCGGAAGUUCACGCCGUGCAAUUUCAACUGGACCCAGCCGAUGGGCGAUGACAACCUGCUCCCCUUGAUGAUCGCAAGCUUUGAGCAGUUUGAGGAUACCUCCGUGCAUGCGAAGCGGCUGCAGAUAGUUGAGUGGAUGUUGCAAUCAGGUGCAGAUCCACGGCAGAAGCUGACGAAUUCAGUCUACACGCGAAACCUGUGGAAGUGCGCCAACAAGGAGGCAACACUAGUGAAGGUUGACUACAACGGACACUCUACCAUCUCGUUGGCUUUUGCCUGGCUGCGCGCACUCCGAGAACAAAAAGGUGGCGCCAACUGGAGCCACAACAUAAAAUACUUGGAAGGCGUCGUGGCUCUCAUCUCGCGCACCGCGAGCUCAAAAGAUGAGAAAGUCCCCGUGCAUCACAGCGUCGUCAGUCUCUGGGAGUCCGUUCGCGAGAUGACCUCAACGCCCACGGUCAUCGUCAUCGUCGAAGCAGCGGAUGGCGAGGUUUCAGCACACGACCACGUCCUCAAGGCGGCUUCCCCUGUGCUAAAAGCCAUGCUCGAGUCCUCUAUGCAGGAAGGCUCAAGCAAGCGUCUUCAGAUCAGGGAUGCGUCAAGCUCGGGUGUGACACUUCUGAUGGACAUGCUGUACACGGGCAACACCUACACGGAUCCAGACUUCAGUACUAUGCUGGUUGCUUUGGACCUGGCCCACCGCUGGCAAGUGAAUGGAGUUGUGGACAUGCUGUCCGGUGCCUUGCUCGACAUGAUCAACGACAAAAGUUUCGUGGCCAUUGCCGAAGCGGCAGUGCUCAAGGGCUUAGAGCCACUUCAGCGUGCCUGUGUCGCCUUCGCAUCCACAAGUGCCACUGUCCAGGCCAUGCUCAGGACUCAGGCGGUUCCUGCGGCCGUCAGGAAGCUGCUGGGGAAGCCGGAGGCUGUACAAGAAGCGGCGCUUUGGAUAGCGGCUUCUUUCUGCUGCAAGUUAGUAGUCGGACUGAUGGAAGAAGGAUGUGAUGCGGCUGUGGUGGCUGGCUAUAUCAAGCUGCACAAUCUCGAAGGCUUGCAGGCGUUCACCUCAACUGACUUCGACUGGAACCAGACACUUGAAGGCGAAAGCUGCAGCUAUGGUGGCCUACCGCCGCUGACGCUCGCGGUUGUUUACGAUUGUGUUGCUUUGUCCGACGAGGAGGCGUCCGCGAGACUCGAAAUCAUCAAAUGGCUUCUACAGUCAGGUGCAGAUCCCAAACGCCAGAUGCCGACGGAUUUUGAGCCUGAACUUUGGGCUGAGUCCGACCACAUGUCGAAAGAAUCCACAAACAUUUCAGUGAAUUUCAAGGGUCACAGCGUGAUUUCGCUGGCUUUUGCCUGGAUAGAGCAGAUGCGGGUUGGAAAGGGUGGUGCAGACUGGACAGCCGCCAUCAAGUACUUGGAACGUGUUGUGGCACUUAUCGCGACAGAAGCAUCUGCCAAGCAUCCGAAAGUUGCGGUGCAGAAGAGUGUAGUUGACCUGUGGGAUUCGGUAAGGGAGAUGUCCGCCACGUGCAACGCGACUAGGAGGGAAGGGUCGAGCAAGCGCAUUCAAGUCCCGGAUUCUUCACAAGCGGGUGUGUCGCUGUUUUUGGACAUGCUCUACACGGGCUCCACCUGGACCGACCCGGAUUACAAGACUAUGCUGGUUGCACUGGACCUAGCCCACCGCUGGCAAGUAAAUGGAGUCGUCGACAUGCUUUCGAGCGCCCUGCAAGAGACAAUCUCUGCUGACAGCUUCGUGGCGAUCGCCGAAGCAGCAGCGCUCAAGGGAAUACAGCCUCUCCAGCGCGCUUGCAGACAGUUUGGGUCCUCCAAUGCCAAAAUCCAAGCCAGCCUCAAGAAGCGCACGCUUCCCAGGUCCGUGUUGAAACUCCUCGGGGUCCCUGAGACAGCCGCAGCGGAGGAAGGCAAUAAGAAGCGGCGGCGAACCUUCUGA